UCGUCUCGGUCCCCGGCUAACUGAGUUCCAGCCUCCAAACGAGUGUCAAUUGCUGUGACUUGCGUCCCGUGUCAUGGCUCGACAUCCAGCCCGCGGCAUCCUGCUCCUGAUGUGGGUGCUGUGUGUGUCAGUCAGGUGUCAAGCUACCCAGACCGAAGAGACGCCGACACCGCCGAUGGGUGUUGAGCCAGGGAAGGGUGAUGAUGCUCUUGAACGUCUAACGGUGCUAGUCAGUAGUGCCCUAAAGAACGCGCUGGACCCAAUCACUAGCGAGCUCAACGGCCAGCGAACCACGCGAACGAUAUCGUGGACAAGCUCAACCAUCAAGACACACGCAUCGAACUUUCUGAAUACUAGGCUGGACUCAAUCAAUGCGAGAUUGGACUCGACUGGGCUGCAGACCACCCUUCAGGCCGCACUGAGCGCGGCCAGCAUCUGUUCCAACGCUGCGGCAGCCGAGUCGGCGACUCGUCAGCAUUGUUCUGCACUGCGAGACUGCAGCGACCUACCGACUGGUGCCUGCAGCGGCGUCUACACUCUACACCUUGGUCGAGACCGGGCUGCCCCCGCUCAGGUCUUUUGUGACCUGGACACAGGUGGCGGAGACUGGACCGUAUUCCAGCGACGCGCAGACAUCGUGCCCCGGGAGAACUUUUACCGCAACUGGACCGAGUACAAGACCGGCUUCGGAGAGCUCACGGGAGAGUUCUGGUGGGGACUAGAGAAGCUGUGGCUGAUGACGGAACCCAUUGGACGGCGAUACGAGUUGCGAGUAGACCUGGAGGACUUCAACGGCCAGAGGAAGCACGCCGUGUACCAGGACUUUAGGGUGUCCUCAGAGCGCGAUGGGUACCGUUUAACGGCGAGAACCUACUCUGGAGAUGCGGGCGACAGUCUCAGCUACCACUUUGGACAGCCGUUUUCGACGAAAGAUAGAGACAACGACAGUGCUGCAGGAGAGUGUGCUGUGACCUGCGAAAGUGGCUGGUGGUUUAAGGAGUGCUUUCGUGCGGAUCUGAACGGAGUGUACUUGUCAGGAGAAACGAGCACAGACGAAUGGCGGUCGAUUUCCUGGAAUACGUUCCAUGGAUUUCACUAUUCCCUAAAAUCAGUAGAAAUGAAAAUACGUCCGAUGAAAUUUGAAUAAAGCAUUGUAUGCCUCUUCGGUACUGUAUCCGUUACGAUCUUUACCCGUCACGAAUCUUAUCCCUCUAUGAACGUCAUUCUGUAUGAACUCUGUCCCGUAUACGAACCUUA